AUGUCGUUUCUCUCGUCGCGUUCGCUGGCCGCCUCCAAAGGCUUUGUGAGCUCCAAUGUUCGGGCCUCCCUGGCGCCUGCUUCGGCUCGUCUUUUCUCGAAGACUGCUGCUGCUCAAAACAUCAGCUUUGAGCUCUCGGAGGACCAGCAAGCCUAUCAGGAGCUCGCUCGCAAGUUCACGCGCGAGAACAUUAUUCCUGUCGCUCGCCACUAUGACCAGACCAUGGAGUACCCAUGGGAUGUGAUCAAGAAGGCUCACAGUGUUGGUCUUCUGAACACCCACGUCCCUGAGAAGUUCGGCGGUCCUGGUCUUGGCUUGAUGGAGUGCUCGCUGAUCACGGAGGAGCUCGCCUAUGGCUGCACCGGUAUUCAGACGGCUAUCGAGGCCAAUGGUCUUGCUGAGGCACCAGUCCUCGUGGCAGGUAAUGAUGAGCAGAAGGCCAAGUACCUUGGUCGUAUGACCGAGGAGCCCCUGGUGGCUUCGUACGGUGUGACGGAGCCAGGUGCUGGCUCGGACGUGGCUAACAUCUCGACUCGUGCGGAGAAGCGCGGCGAUAAGUGGAUCCUGAACGGAACCAAGAUGUGGAUCACGAACGGUGGUCAUGCCAACUGGUACUUUGUGCUUGCACGCACGAACCCUGAGGAGCGUCCUCACAAGGCUCUUUCUGGCUUCAUUGUGGAUGGUGAUGCUCCAGGUGUCAUUCGCGGCAAGAAGGAAAUUAACAUGGGUCAGCGCUGCUCGGAUACCCGUAUGAUCACGUUCGAGGAUGUUGAGGUUCCUGAGGAAAACUUGCUCGGUAAGCCUGGUGAUGGUUUCAAGAUUGCCAUGGGUGCUUUUGACAUCACCCGUCCUCUUGUGGCAUCGGGUGCCGUUGGUCUCGCUCAGCGCGCCCUGUAUGAGGCCACCAUUUACGCGAAGGAGCGCAAGACGAUGGGUAAGCCUAUCAUCAACCAUCAGGCCAUUGCCUUUAUGCUCGCCGACAUGCAGAUGGCUGUCGAGUCGUCGCGUAACCUCGUGUGGAAGGCUUGCUACACUAAGGACCAGGGUCAGCGCAACAGUUUCUACGCUAGUAUGGCCAAGUGCCUGGCUUCGCGCGCCGCUGUGUCGAAUGCCGACCAGGCUGUCCAGAUCUACGGUGGUCUCGGCUUCAACUCAGAAAGCUCUGUCGAGAAGCUGUACCGUGACGCCAAGAUCUUUGAGCUCUACGAGGGUACCUCGCAGAUCCAGCGUCUUAUCAUUUCGCGCCACCUCGCUGACUUGUACAACGCCUAA